GGUAUUCGAACGGACUCGAACUCGCAAGAAUCCGGAAUUUAAGGCUGGCUGCCGGAGUCCGGACUUGUCAGAGUGUGUGUGUAUGUGCGUGUUUAAAGUUCGUGAACUCAGUGAUGAAGUGAAAGUACGUGCGUGCGUGCGUAGAAGAUCAAGCGUGGCUUAAGCUCAAGGAUAGAACUGCUGGACAAGCCGUUUGGCAACGGGUACAAAGUUACGAAGAAGCGUUUUAAGCAAACACGCCACAGCCAACAUGUCCUACAUCGGAAACGCAUCUGACGUUGAGCAGGAGAAAAACCUGACCGAGUACAGGCGGCAGCGGAGUUCCAGCAAUUUGCUACCGGCCGGAUCCAAGGCCGUUAGUAGCUCGAAGCUGUCGGAUGUGCUGUGGAAUGACAAACGUGCCAACCAGGGUAACCAGACGGACGACGAUGACUCCGAGGUCUCGGACAGUGAGAACUUCCUGGCCAAGGGGGCCUUCCUCCUUACACCGUCACACGAGCUUUCGAUGGAUAGAGCUGCGCUGAUUUGCGAAAAAAUGAAUUUCAAAGGUUGUUUUAGCCUUACCAAGACGGCCACAGGAAUAUUAUUUAAAUUUUCUAACCCAGAAGAUUAUCAGGCUGUGUUCAAGAAGGGAUUUCACAAAGUGACGGGGGCACGUUUCUACAAGAAGGUGGCCAUCCCAUGCCGGCCCCAGAAAACUUUUAUGCUGUACGUAUUCGACGUUCCGGAUGAUGUUCCCGUGGAAGACAUACGCCACUCGCUGUAUCGCUUCAACUCGGUCGUCGAGGUCGUUCGGUUGGUAGUGCACUACCAGAAGCAAUCGAAUUCCCAGAACGAUCAGGAACAAAUGCAAGCAGUCCCAGCCACACCGAAGCCCCCGAUGCCGAAGCUAUCCACGGCCAAACCGAUCGAUGAGCAGGACGUGGCCCUGCAGCGGGAAUCGCCCCCGCCGCCGAUCCGCAUUACGCUGGCCUCCAUCGACGAGUACCACCAUCUGCUGCAGAACGGGCUCGACUUUUACGGCGCGACCUUCUUCCCAACGGAACCGACUCUGCCGGCCCAGGCCUCCAAGAUAGCCACUAAGAAAGGAAGUCGCAUGAUAGACGGCUCGAUCCCAGGGCGUGUUCGCGAACUGCUUCCGGUGUUUGACGCGGCCGGUUUCAGCAAGAUUCCGCCGCCGGCUUCCAAGACGAUCAAACCGCGCCCCUAAAAAAAUCAUAAAAUUAAUCGCAAAAAAACAAAA